UUGACGCUGGUUCAGAGCUCAGUCCAGCUCGGCUGCAUUCCUCCUCUCUCUACUAAAGCCUGACCGAUACAGACACACAGAGAAAGAAAGAAAGAAAGAGAGAAAACACCGAUUAUUAUUCUCCUCUACCGUGUUGGAUUCUUUUACCGAAACCAGGACACCAGAAACACCGCGUUUGGACACGAACAAACCUCCCGUUUGGACCUACAAUACCGACAGAAAGAGGUUUUCUAUAUGUGUGGUAAUGACGGUUAAAUAGCCGUUAGUGCGUUCGAACAGCGGCGGUUACUCUUCUUCUUCUUUUUAAAAAAAAAGCAAGAUGGCUGAUGACAGCUAACAAGGACAGAACAGAGACGUCUCCUUUAAGAUAUUAGGAGGGUUAUAUUUUUAUAUUUAUAGUUAAAUAUACAACAAAAAUGGCUGCUUUUAAAUAAUAAUCGUGUGUUAUUAUUACCUGAGCUGUUGGUAGAGAAAUAAUGAGGUGACGUGUGAGGUAUUUAAUAAUCUAGAUAAGGAAGUAGAUCAUGUUGGUUGGUAGAUAGGUGAAUAAAGGUGAAUAAAGCUGAAUAAUAGGGAGAUAUUUGAUGUUGUUGGAGUUGGAUUGGUUGCAGCCAACAUUCCUGCGGAUCCUUUUUAAAAAGCCUUUGUGUUUGUUGUGUGCGCAGGAGGACUCAGACUAUUAAAAACCAUUAACUAUGCAGUAAACAGGCUGGAAAAUGAUGAGGCCCUGGGUAUGAUUUUCCUGUUUUAAUGAGAUUAUAAAGGCCUUUGUUGUCGAGUGUAACCUGGUAGGAGGAAGGAGGAAAAAAAAAGCUGAGGCCUUGUGUACAGAUAUGCAGAGAGAGAGACUGGUGUGUGCCACAUAGCUUAUUCAUCUAAUGUUGAAUUUGGAGGAUUGUGUUGUAAAAAAGCAACCUCUCUUUGGUUGUAUGUGUAAUUAAAUUGCAGGUGCUUAUUUAUGAUUCAGCAGACAAAAAGCAGUGCGUUGUGUUGUGAUUAUUGACUGGAUGAAUUGUCCUUGAGGUCCAGAUAAAACAAGAUUCAGGUUAAAAAAGAAGCUGUCUUUGUGUGUGAAUAGUAAUCAGGGUGUGGUGAGUCCUUUUUGUCAUGCUUUUUCUGCUCUGAAACAGUCAUAAUCCGACGUUGAAGCUUUUUUAAAGGUGUUGUCAUCCUCGCCCGAAGCCUUCUCUCUGGUCAAUUUUCUGGCCUUCAUGCUGCAGCAAUAAGCAAUACUUCGUCAUCUGUCAGGGAGUUUUGGUCACAAGGGAUUGAAAUAUACAGACAGUUUCCUGCGAGGACCUAUAGAGGGGUCUGGUAGAAGUGUGGGGGAAGAAGUUAGUGUAUGCCUGCCCGCACCAUGAUGGCGUCUGACAUGGCUGAGACGUGGAGGAACUGUUUUGAGGAGGAGCUCAUCUGCCCCAUCUGCCUGCACGUGUUCUCAGAUCCCAUCCAGCUGCCCUGCAAGCACAACUUCUGCCGGGGCUGCAUCAGCGAGGCCUGGGCCAAAGACUCUACGCUGGCCCGCUGCCCCGAGUGCAAUCAUGCUUACACGCAGAAGCCCAGCCUGGAGAAGAACCACAAACUGUCCAACAUAGUCGAGAAGUACAACGCCCUGAGCGUGGAGAAGGCCACCACGCCGGCGCUGCAGUGCAUCCUGUGCCGUCGAGGCCCGCCGCUGCCCGCCGUGAAGGUGUGCCUGCGCUGCAACGCCCCAUGCUGCCAGUCCCACGUCCAGACGCACCUGCAGCAGCCGUGCUCGGCCCUGGGUCACCUGUUGGUGGAGGCGGAGGCGGUGAAGGCCUGGACCUGCCUGCAGCACGACGAGUACAGGCUGUACCACUGCGAGGCCGAGCAGACGGCGGUGUGCCAGUACUGCUGCUUCGCCCGAUGCCACCCCAGCCACGGACACGCCGUCACUGACGUGGAGCUGCGACGCAACGACAUCAGACAAAGCCUGUUGAGACAGCAGGAGCGCGUGGAGGAACGAGUGCAGGAGAUUGAAGAGCAGCUCUGCAAACUCGACUCUGACAAGUGUGUGGUGGAGGACAGGGUGUGUGAGCUGAAAGAGGAGGUGCGUCUGCAGUACCAGCGGAUGCACCAGCUCCUGGAGGAGGAUCUCGGUCGGACACUGGAGGCUCUGGACCGUGCUCAGGCUCGGUUCUGCCAGGAGAACGCUGCCCAGGUUUUAGUUCUUGGUGAGCAGCGCCACGAGGCCCAGAAGCUGCUGAGCUCCAUCCACACAGCCUUCAGUAAGGCAGAGGAGCUGAGCUUCAUGAAAAACACCAAGCCUGUUAAAAUCCUCACAGACAGGUCUCACGCAUGUGUGGGCAGCAGUCUCCCUCCUUACAAAGUGGGGAAUCUAAACUCUAAACUAUUCCUCUCUGAAAUCUCAAAAAGAGAGAAGAGCUUGAAGAGAACCCUGGAAGCUCCCCUCACCCCUCCGUCGACCUUCCUGCAGUCUGUUCCUGCGUAUCCCAGCGGUCAGAGCUCCGGCUCUGGAGCAGAGAAACGGAAACAUUCCACUGCCUUCCCAGAGGGAAACGGGAACGUCGGAAAAAACGCCGCUCCGGGUUUCAAGGACUCCUCCUCCUCCUCAUCAUCCUCCUCAUCGUUAGCCAAACAGCCCUACCUGGGCUCCGGCUCUGCCUCUGGAGAAGGUCAGUCCACCAAUCAGCAGCCUCUCGGCCCCUGCGGCCCACCUCACAUCAGCGAGAGCGGCGGGACAGGAAGUGGAAGCGGCUCUCUGACCAACCACCAUUCAGGCUCCGUGUUCGGCUCCUCGCACUUUCCUCCCGGAGGCAGCAGCUCCUCGCACUCCUCCCAGCAGGCCGUGCUGCCACAAUACGGCGGCCGUAAGAUCCUGGUGUGUACGAUGGAUAACUGCUACUGCUCCGGAGUGCCCUCGGUGUCGGGCCACCGCAGCCAUCCCCCGUACCCGCGCUCUGGCUCUUUCCCCUGGGUCAGCGCCCAAGACUACCCGCCUCCACCCGGCCUGGCCUCUGGAGGUCCGUCCAUGCAGGGUUUGGCAGUGAGGGACUGGAUAGACGCCUCGCAGACACACAGACAUGCCGAUUUCUACGGGCUGUAUGGGCAGCCCUCUACAAAGCACUAUGUCACUAGUUAACAGAGUAGUCACACACACACACACACACACACACACACACACAUACACACACACACACACACACACACUUGGAUAUAGAGACAGGCACCAAAAUAGCACACCUUUACCGUCUUAUUAACCGGAAAAAACACAGUUAUACUAUACACACAUUAAAAUAUUAAGAAUUAUAUCCACACACACACACACAGAUCUAGAACAUUCGGGGGCAGGGUUGAUCUCUUUUGUGUUUUUAUUUUCUUUAUUUUCAGUCAGUGUUUCAUGUAGUGUAUUAUACGUAAAAUGCAAGCCAACGCGCUCACUCUGGCACAACUUAGCUCAGCAUUUUACACAUGAACAAGAAACAAGAGAGGCCUAAGAGGACAUGCAUCUUUUUUUUAUUUAUAGAGCAGGAGACCGAUUGAUAGAAAAUUAACUUUUAUUAGAAAACGCCUCUUCAUGGCUUCUCACUGGCGCUAAAGGGAAAAGAGAUAAAACAGUGUUGAGCUUUCCAGUUUAGCGCCUCAUGUUUCUCUGAUAUAAUCACCCCUCUAGUUGUACUGAGGUCGAUUGCCUUAUGUUAUUAUUAGCAUCAUAUUUUUCUGCCCACUUUGUUUGGUAGACCCUUUUAAAGAGGGACUAUGGUCCCUUUGUGUCUCUUGAUUUUCAUCGUCAUGGCACCUCUUCCUUUUCUUUGCUGAGUUCAGGGAUGGAUCGUACGGCUUGAACACAAAACGCUCUUCCAUGGAACACCCACAAUGCACUUGUGGACGCCUUGUUAUGCCUGGACUACGGAUGCUGACCCAAAGGGGGACACUGGAGCUGCAUCUUGAAGGGCCGGUGGCCCAAAGAGUUUUGGGAAUUUGGCUCUUAUUCCUAGCACUCCUUUCCUGCUAUCAGGCUUCCCACUGGACAGAAAAUCUUCUUCUGACAAAGACUGUUUCCAUUUAGUAAUUACGAUGACUUUGUGUUAUUUGGUACAUCUGUAGGUUUUAUGCUUGUCUAGAGAGACUCUAAUUUUAGAGAAAAAGGGCAAGACUGGACAGACCAAACCAAUCAAGCAUCUGGAGGAUCUGAUGAUGCUGUAAUUGUACUUCCUGCAGGGCAAAGAUGUCACUUCCUCUCAAUAAGCACACAAGCUCUUGGCUUCCUGUUUGCAGCUGAAAGCAUGCAAGGAAGAGUUUUUUAAAGCACUCAAAAGAAGAACAAUGGGGGGGGGGAAAUGUAUGCAGUUUUAAAAUGAGUGUGUGGAAGAAAAAGAUGGGUGGGAGGAAUUUUUUUCAUGAACCUUUUCUAAAAGAACAAGACCGGACUGCUGCGAGAUGUAAGCAAUUGUCAUCAUCCUAAAGAGGAGCCGUUAACGACAGUCAACAUAAAGAGAAAAACAAACCAACAACAUAAAAGUAUCUUUUUUUGUAAAUAUUUUGUGAAAUGGAAAAAUUACAGACGUGAUUUGGAGAAGGGUUCCAAAUAAACAAACAAAUUUAAA